UGACACUCGGCAUCACACAGAAAGCACCAGUUCGGUCAAGUUUAGCUCAUUUCAGAUGUGACCAGUUCAACACAAAUAGGGCGAAUGAGGGAAGGUUGAUCUCUAUUGCUUUGAACAUAGGGUUCAAGAAUAUAUUUCAUUUUUAAAUGAGAUAUAUGUUCUUAUAGUUUUGGGAAAGCUGUUAGUGUUAGAUUAUUAAUCCCUCUCUCCGGGUGACUGCAGUAUUUAAUCGUGUAACAUACCCCCAAUUUCUGUAAUAUCUAUAGAUAAUGAGUAAUGUCAUCAUUCAAUAUUCUGUUUGUAAUAAAUAAAAGAUUUCUCGCGUCACCUUACAUUUGUUGUUUAUACUUUAAAUCAUGCAGUAUCGAAAUCAUUGUCAUUGCUAUAGUGUAAAGUUUAGAAAAUUCGGCUUCCCAGGAUUUAAGUACAUGUUAAACCUCCGUCAGCUUUGUAACACUCCAUAAAAAUACCGGUAUUUGGUUGUUUUUUGUUUUUUUUUACUUGGACUCAAUUUCUUCAGUUCCUCUCAGAAUCGCCGAGGGUCACUGGUUGAGAUAUUUUCAAUGUUUUAAGAUUGCAAGGUCAUACCUGUAUUUCCGCUCGAAAUAUCGCGGACGACGGUCAAAAAUAUUUUCAGCAGAAAGAAAUUCUUCUUUUGCUUUUCGCUAGAUAUUUCUGUUUUUAGCCUUUAGGAAAGAUUUUUCUUUGGCCCGCAUUCCCCCAUAAGGUAGAUAAUUCAUCAUUCCAAUACGGUCUAGUUUUACGUCAUUUUUUACGAGUUUUCCUAGAACCAUCCUUACACAGUAGUUUCCUUUUCCUUUAUAGUUACGAUAUCACAUAUAGCUCAUCAAAGAUAUUAUCAAUUCAUCCUGGUUUUCCCUGCUAACCCAAUGGCUCUAAUCAGAUCAAAUAUAUACAUAGACACACUCCCAAUAUCCCAUAAAAGACGCUGUUGAUCUAUACUUACAACACAGAGGAUUAAGUGAAAAAAGAUUUAUUUAUCGAGAUCGGAAAAAAGGCUGCUCAGCAGGCGACAAAGAUGGGGCUAAUAGGAGAAAAGCUACAAGACUCCAUCUCCAAGUUUGUUUUCAUGGUCAUUAUUUUCUUUUUGGCAACCGCUACUAGAGGUGAAUGGGUUUUGGUCAUAGUAUACAUGUUCCGGGACCAGCUACAGAACCUGCUGGCAGGACAAGGUAUUCAGGUGUCCGGUGGCAGUGUUCACAAUGUAACCGGCCCCUCACCAACUCUGUUAGAGUCUCUCAAACUCCAGAACAUCCACUGGUUUGUGCUGCUGGCGGUUUCCACAUCUUUCAUUAUGUACUAUGGGCUGGCGUUUGGUUGGCACUACUACUAUUAUGUCAACAGACAACACCUGGCUAAGGAGUGGAAGUGUCAACCAGACAAGUUUCUGACGCCGGAGAAUGAAAGGCAUGAAAUUCUGCUGGGGUCCUUGAACAUGAUGAUAGGCUCGGUAGCCUCCGGGGUCAUCGCUUGUUUUAUAAUGAAUGGAGGGUCCUCCAAAAUGUAUUACAAUGUAUCAGAGCGAGGCUGGGGGUACUUCAUUUUCUCUCUAGUGGCGUUCUUUGUUUACAAUGAGACUAUGGCGUACUAUCUCCACCGACUGUUCCACAACCCCUGGCUGUAUAGAAAUAUCCACAAGAUGCACCACCGCUACCACCAGCCCACCGCGUGGAGCGCGGUAGCCAUGCACCCCGCGGAGUUUCUCAUGUAUCAAGGUUACCUCGCCGCCACGCCCUUCCUCGUUCCGAUCCAUGCCUUUCCUUUCCUGUUCGUGUUGCUCUACUCUUAUUACUAUGGACUUUGCGAUCAUUCCGGCAUUAACAUGGAAGCAAUAUGGCCAUGGCAGCCACACUCGCGUUUCCACGACAACCAUCACAAGCACUUUCACGUGAACUUCGGUUUUAACACGUACUUUUUUGACUGGUUCCACGACACCCUGAGGAAAGAGAACAGGGUUUACGGGGAGGAAGUAUACGGAGGACGCGGGAAACCGACACUUAAAUCUGAGUAAAAGAGAGUACACACCGUACAUGUCAUCCGUACAUGUACCAAGACGUCGACUUUAUAUAUAUAUUUAUAUCUAUAAACAUUUCCUGUAAAACGUGCAGAGAUCACAUCUUUAGGUCAACAAAAUUAAGAUACUUGCUAUUUACAGUAGUUGGACGAAUUUUCAAUUUUUGUUUCAACGACACUUGCUACAAACAAACUUGGUGAAAAAAUUAUGAAAACGAAAUUGAUGGUUUUAUAAGUAAUAUAGAUAUAAUUUACCGUAUAAAAUGUAAUUCAUUCCCAUGGUUUUAUAAUGAAGUCCAAAAAAAAAAAAAUGUAGAGUUAUAUAGGGAGGGAAAAUAUAUUUCAAAUUUUUUUUACAUCAUAGUAAAUGUACGUCCCAUGUUUUCGUUUUUUUUUUAUUUAGGAAUUUUAUAUUUAUACUUAUUACAACCAAAUGAAAUAUAUCAACACAUGCAUCCAUAUUUUUGUUUGUAUCAAGUGUCCGUAAACAAGGAUAGAGGGAAUUAUUUUUUCACUGGGAGUAUGUCAAUUUCAAGUACGUAGAGUUGGCGAUAAAUAGUACACGUAAUUAAGCAAAUUUCAAGGGUGGUUAUCUUUAUUGAUAACGAGAGGUGUAAUCACUGCUGCCGUACAUGCCUUAUAUCACGACACGACAGAGCAAACAAUGCGUGCGCAUUUAUUGAUUGUUUUGAUUACUAUGUGUUUAUGUUGAUUGACUGUGAUACCCAAGAUUUGUAUGUGCACCUAAAUGACAGCUUCACGAUAUCUAAAUCGUAAUGCUCGAUGUGUGCGCCGGGUCUUUUUAUCAUGAUUCAACAUUUACAAUUUUGACUGUUUUAAAGAUGUGUUUGUGUGCACUUAAAUGACGGCUUCACGAUAUCUAAAUCGUUAUGCUCGAUGUGUGCGCCGGAUCUUUCUUUUUGUUUUUACAUCUGCACGCUGCAACAUUUACAUUUUUUUUUACUCGUUUAAGAUUUAUUUGUGCACAAUAAUGACAGCUUCACGAUAUCUAAAUCGUUAUGCUCGAUGUGUGUGCCAAAUCUUCUGUUUUUACGUCAUGCUUUACAUUUACAUUUUUGACUCGUUAAAGAUUUAUUUGUGCACAAUAAUGACAGCUUCACGAUAUCUAAAUCGUUAUGCUCGAUGUGUGUGCCAAAUCUUCUGUUUUUACGUCAUGCUUUACAUUUACAUUUUUAACUCGUUUAAGAUUUAUUUGUGCACAAUAAUGACAGUUUUACGAUAUCUAAAUCGUUAUGCUCGAUGUGUGUGCCAAAUCUUCUGUUUUUACGUCAUGCUUUACAUUUACAUUUUUAACUCGUUUAAGAUUUGUGCACAAUAAUGACAGUUUUACGAUAUCUAAAUCGUUAUGCUCGAUGUGUGUGCCAAAUCUUCUGUUUUUACGUCAUGCUUUACAUUUACAUUUUUGACUCGUAUAAGAUUUAUUUGUGCACAAAAAUGAUAGCUUUACGAUAUCUAAAUCGUAAUGUUUGAUGUGUGUGCCAGGUCUUUUUUUUUUACAUGACGUUCUAUAGUACAUGUAACACUUUCUUGUUUAAUGUUUCAAACUAGAGAAGCAUUGUAUACUACUUUUUACACACAUUGAAAUGACGGCAUAAGAAAUCCCAUUUCUAGUGCUUGAUGAUGAGAAAGAAGUCUAGUAUUGAUAGUGGUACUCAUUCUUAAGACGUGUUAAUUAGUGUCUCUUAAGACUUGUUAAUUAGUAUUCGUUGUUUUAAUGUUGAUUUAGUCACCUUGUGUUGUUUACGUUGUUGUCAUUAAAGAAAAGUUUCAUCCAA